AUGGAUUUGACGCGAGAACCACUUUCUUCCAUAUCACUCAACACACUUCAACGCGAUAAUGCCACUGCAGGUCCAUCAGUAUCUUCGCCAUCAUCAUCAUCGUCAUCAUCAUCACCAGCUUCUUCUACUACUUCUCCUCAUGCUGGAGUGACUGGCAAUGGUAAUGGCAGUGGCAGCGGUAAUGAUAGUGGUAUUGGUAGUGGCAAUUCAAAUAGGAAAUUAGCACCUAUAUUCCUAAAUAAACGAAAACCAUCACCUUCCUCAACCGCCAACUUCAUUACAUCUUCUAUCAAAACGAAUUUGGAGAAUAUACAUCCAAAUGAUAUCCACUCAAUAUCAACUUCAACUUCAGCUCCAGUGUCAAACGGUUCACCUAUAUCUAGGAAACGCGUAAAAUUAGAUCAAAAUGCUGCUCAACAUCAACAUCAUCAACAUCAUCAACAUCAUCAACAUCAUUCACAUCAGUACACUAGUACACACUCUAUACCUCUAUCCCAAUGUCUCGAAUAUAAUUCAUCCUCCUUGUCAUCUUCCUCGUCAUGCACUUCAAACGGAAAUACCAGCAAUGGACUGGAUACGGAAAUGGAUGGAGGUAAAAAUCACGUUAGAAUGCAUAGUAUUCAUGAUUGGUUUCUACCUUCUACUAACUUGAAUUAUGAAAGAAUUAAAGAUGGUAAAAAGCACGAAAUACCAUCCACGACAUCUCUGGUUUCAGACGACUUGAAGGUCAAAGAAUGCGAGAAAGGGAAUGUGUGGAAGAGGAAUAGGAAAAGAUUAGGUUUGAAAGGUUUGCAAAGCACUUUCAGUUUCAUGGAUAAACAACAAUUAAUCACAUCACAACCACCUUACUUGUCAACAUUGGUUCAUUCAUUACUUCCUUUUCAUCCGCUUGUACCACCUUCACUACUUUUACUACCUUCCAUACAUCCACCUACGGGUAGACCAAGAGAUUUCGCCCCACCACUUUCGAUAGCUUUCAACAAUAUCGCCAAAACGUACGACGCGGCUUCGGCAAGAAGUACAGGUCUGAGAAGGCUGAUAGCCGUCGCAGGAGAAGAAGGUGGAGUGAGAAUCCUAGACGUUGAUGAGGGUCUAGGAAAUCAUAGGGAGGAAAAAGGAUUUUGGUGGAGAGCACAUGGAAAUGCUAUUUUCGACAUAAAAUGGAGUGCAGAUGAUACUCGUGUCCUCACCGCGUCUGGAGACCAAUCUACCCGCUUACAUGCACUCACGACCCCAACGCCGACACUGAUAGCAACAUUGAAAGGUCAUACUUCCUCGGUGAAGACAACGGUGUUCUUCGAUCCUUCACGGUCGCACUCUGAUCCCUCAACUACAUCAUCUGUUAUCGCUUCGGGUGGACGAGAUGGUAACAUCUUGAUAUAUGACAUUCGUUGUAGAGGUAGACAAAAUAGAGAUAUCGGUUCUCACGUUGUCGUACCUAGAGGUGAUAGAGAGAGGUAUAGUGAUGGGGUUCCUGGAUUCGUCGCUCAACCUCCCAAUAGAGGAAUGGAAUUGGAUCCUGUCAUGACUAUCAAGAAUGCCCAUGGCGAUACUAGAAGAAAUGGACAAAGUAGAACCGCCACGAGAUCCGUUACAAGUCUGGUAGCACUCCAGAGCAUGCCUGGUAUACUAGCUUCAGGAGGAUCGUUUGAUGGUAUUGUCAGACUAUGGGAUCUUCGUUUCCCUGCUCCCACCACUCGAUCACCUGAACCACGACCCUCGUGUACCUCCAUCGGCUCUCUCCCUGAUCCAACAAUAAUCGGUACUUCACCAUCACGUCGAGCCAGAUCAAUCAACGCGUUAUGUGAAUCACCCACUACAGGUGAUUUGUAUGCUUUAUGUGGUGACUCAAAGAUCCAUUCCAUGAGACCAUCUUACGCUCUAUCUUGUUCGAAUGACGAUGAUAAGUCCUCAGAAGGAUCUCAAUUAAAUAUGGCAGACUUAGUAGGAUCGAAGACUUAUACCGAUCCAAAUUUUUUGGUAUCAAGUUUCUAUAUCAGAUUAGCGAUCUCUCCUGACGGAAGCUAUUUAUCUUCCGGAAGUUGUAGAGGUGGAGUGAUGACUUGGGAUACCAAGCAGCCAGGAAAUCAAGCUACGAGAUUGGGGUUGGGCAUGGGCGGAGUGCAAUGGCCUGAGGGCAAAGAAAGGGAAGUGGGAGCUGUUGAUUGGGGUAAAGAUAUGUUGGCUGCUUCGAGUGAUGAUCUAGCGACUAGGAUUUGGAGAUCAAAUCGAGAUGCAGCUAACUGGCUGAGAGAUGAUCCGGUGAAAGCAGCUGAAGAAUGGGGUGGAUGUAUUUGA